UAAACACUUGCCACGAGAUGUGGCUGACUGUGUUGAGCUGAGUUUAGUGCCUGAUACAUACCAUACAUACACAAUACGAUACCGUAUAUCACCCCAAUCCUUUGUUUAAUUUUCCUUUUUCUCCACACAUCUUUUCUCUCUGCAUUCCUGCCAUCUCAGACCAGGUCCUGUGCACCGUCCACUGAAGAGGACUGAAAGAGACGAUUAAAGCUGCAGUCGCUGCAUCCAGACCAGAACCCCCUCAGGAUUCCCGCACCGUCUGGCUCAAUCUGCAAGUCAACAUGUCCGGCGUCAAAGAGGCCGUCAAGCAAUCCUUGGUGGGCAGCUCGGACGAGCUUCAGCUCUCGCACUACAUCAAGGCCAACUUCAACCAUUUUGCCCAUAAAGAUGAUCAGACUGGCGAGCUGUACAUGACCGAAGAUGAUUUCAUCAAUGCCAUUGCCCCCAAGGAGGAAGACUAUCACAAGAUCAAGCGGGAGCAAUAUUCUAUCCUCUUCCAGGUUGCCGAUACGCGAAAGGCCGGUAGAUUGACCCUUGGCGACUGGGCGACGUUCGAGAACCUCCUCGCUAAGCCCGAUGCCGAGUACGAGAUUGCCUUCCGUCUGUUCGAUAUCGAGAGAACGGGUACUGUCAAGUGGGAGAACGUGGAGAGCUUGUUCAGCCAGACGAGAUCUCAAGAGAGCAUUCCGUUCAACUGGAACUCCGCAUGGGCGUCGUUGUAUACAGGCAGCAGCAAGAGCCGCCAUGAGAUGACCUAUCCGCAAUUCGCCCAGAUGCUGCGGGGAUUGCAGGGAGAGCGUAUUCGGCAAGCAUUCCAUGUCAUGGAUGCUGAUGGCGAUGGUUACAUUGAGCCUUAUGAGUUCCAGCGCAUCAUCCUCCAAACUUCCAAGCACAAGCUGUCCGACUACGUUUUGGAAAACCUGCCCAGUCUGUGCAAUGUCUCCGACGGUAGCAAGAUCUCCUACGCGACGGUGCGCGCUUUCCAGAACGUCAUGAGCGAAAUGGACAUCAUCGACCUGAUCGUGCGCGAAGCAACUCGCAAGAGUGACGACGGUAAGAUCACGCGCACCGACUUCCUGAACGAGGCGGCCCGUACCACGCGCUUCUCCCUGUUCACCCCGAUGGAGGCGGAUAUCCUGUUCCACUUUGCCGGUCUUGACGCACCGUCCGGCCAGCUGGCCCAGAAGGAUUUCGCCAAGGUUGUCGAUGCAUCAUGGCGCACCCCGUUCGCUGUUGCUAGCCAGGCUGCGUCGACCACUACACAGAAGGCCGCAGAGAACACCAAGUCGAUUCUGUUCAGCGUGCUGGAAUCGGCGCACCACUUUGCGCUUGGCAGUCUUGCGGGUGCGUUUGGUGCGUUCAUGGUUUACCCCAUUGACCUGGUCAAGACCCGUAUGCAGAACCAGCGGUCGACACGUGUUGGCGAGAGGCUGUACAACAACUCGCUGGAUUGCGCACGCAAGGUUAUCCGCAACGAAGGAUUCACCGGCUUGUACUCCGGUGUUGUUCCUCAGCUGAUUGGUGUUGCACCGGAGAAGGCCAUCAAGCUUACCGUGAACGAUUUGGUCCGGAAUCACUUUACCGACAAGGACACUGGCAGGAUCUGGUACCCUUAUGAGAUCCUUGCUGGCGCUUCGGCAGGAGGAUGUCAAGUGGUCUUCACCAACCCCCUUGAAAUUGUCAAGAUUCGCCUGCAGGUUCAGGGUGAAAUCGCCAAGUCCGUCGAGGGCGCUCCUCGCCGCUCCGCUCUAUGGAUCGUGAAGAACCUGGGAUUGAUGGGAUUGUACAAGGGAGCCAGCGCUUGUCUUCUCCGUGAUGUCCCCUUUUCCGCCAUUUACUUCCCUACCUACUCCCACCUGAAGUCCGAAAUGUUCGGCGAAUCCCCAACCCACAAACUCGGCGUCGUCCAGCUCCUCACUGCCGGUGCCAUCGCCGGUAUGCCCGCCGCCUACCUGACAACACCCUGCGACGUCAUCAAAACCCGUCUGCAAGUCGAAGCUCGCAAGGGCGAAGUCCGCUACACCGGUCUCCGCCACUGCGCAUCGCAUAUCUGGAAGGAGGAAGGCUUUGGCGCGUUCUUCAAGGGCGGUCCCGCUCGUAUCGUCCGUUCCUCGCCGCAAUUUGGUUUCACCCUGGCCGCCUAUGAAAUCCUGCAAAAGUGGCUCCCCAUGCCUGGUUCGCAGCCUGAGCCUUCGCUUAGUGGACGGGUUGAGCCUGGUGUUGGGUUGCAGGGUGCCAAGGCUCCUCUGCCGUAUCUGCGCUCGCGGAACGCGUUGAAGCUCCUCUUGGAUCUGGACGAGAACAUUGGCCGUGUCAAGGUUCCGCGGAAGGAGCAGUGGCCCAAGUUCCUGCAGGCUCAGCAGUGAUUUCUUCCUUUUCAUUUCGAUUUCCCCUUUCUUACGCUCUCUUUGUUCUUCUUUUAGCGACGACCAGCUUUAUGUCCAUUCCAUUUGUUGUUGAUACGAGUAUAUCCUUCAUUUCUUUUUACUUCUCAUGUUUCAGUCUUCUCAUGUCUCACCACUACAUCUGUUGGAGGUUUUGGUCUGUAAAGUUUGCAUUAUCUUUUGAUCUUUUCUGUUCAUAUGGUAGACAUCUAUGUCAAUUUGCUUAGUGUAACAAAAGGCAGAUAGAUUAGAGGGGAGGGUUGUGGUUAGAUGAUCAACCUUGAUUUCUUUCUUUCGUUGUAUAUGCAUUGAAUUGGAUAGUGUGGAUUAUCACUUGUAAUUUGUUUGAUGUGUGAAG